UUGGAUGUCUUAAAUCUUGAAGAAGGCAGCUAAAUAUCGAACUGUCUCUACAAUCCUCCAACACGGAGAAGCUCAUCUUAGAGACUCUUACACAUUGCCUCCAGAAAUAGUCACUCCUCCACCACGUAAGAAUUCCUCAUAAUUUUUUCCUCAUAACAGCCAGGAAGGAAAGAAAACCAGAUGAUAUUACUGAUUUCCCUGAAUAGAAAUUUGUCCUGCUCCCAGAAUCCAUUCCAUAUCCAGAAGGUAAGUAUAGACCAGCUUCUGUCCCUUAUGUUGCAGGUUUCUAUCCAUAUAAUUGCUAUCUCCAGAAGGGAAAGGUAUUCAUUGUGUGAUGUGUUAUCUCAGAUCUACUAGUGGUGUUCGUGCGGUAUCUCAUAAUCAAAUCCAUGGUGUGAUGGAAUGUGCAAUGCCUCUGCUACGAGAAAUAGACCAAUUAAAUUUAAUGUUGAUACAUCUGGAUAUUAUAAAUUGUGCAAUUGCAAAUAGAGUGCCAAUGCUCCUUUUUGCAAUGGAACACAUAGGUAAUCACUUUUUCAAUUUUCAGAUAAGUGAUUCGCUAAUAUCAUGCUGGAUUUAGAGGUUUUUAUGAACUCUGGGGAUGGGCAGCAUUUAUGGGAACCACCGGUUUUAUAAUUUGGAAUUUCCACAAUUGAUUAUUUGAAAUGCACAUACAUAUUAUAAUUUAACUAGAAUUUAUUAC